AUGGUGGAUCAUCAGGAAUUGGCAAGGGUAGUUAUCAGCGAUAAGAAAGACGAAUAUUUUGUAUUUCCCCCAAUUAAUCACGAGAAUCUGAAUCUCUUAACAAUUCAGCAAACCCCAUCUUCCUCUGAUUGUGACAAGUGGGGUCAAUAUUCUUCUCUCUCCCCACCGCUCGAUUCUAGCCUCCGGAAAGGUGGGUGGAUGAGCAUUGGCUUCCAGAUCUUGCGUUCCAAGUUCUUUUCCGCGGUUUCCUCUAUUCGGAACCCUGGAGGGGCAAUUCGGUCAUAUGGGUUACCAGCGGCCAUGGUGGUUAUCAUAGUCCUGAUGUUGAUGAAGAGGAAGGAGAGUAGGAGGGACCUCACACCCAAUCAGUCCCGUCUUCUGCAAAUCAUUCUGGAGAAAGAUGGGAAAAUUGCCCAACUUUUGCACCAGAUUGCACAAAUGAAUGAAAUACUCAUAGAUAGUCACAAAGCUUUGGCUGGAAAAGUGGUUAAAUGA